AUGGAGGCCUUUCCACAUGAUGACAGUGCUCUGCCAAUCAAAGACCUAGAUCUAGAUGGAGAAACCAUACCCACACAAGGGAGCUUGGGUCUCCUUUGGGAGAUUACGACUGACACAUUCACAUUCUCCGUGCCGACUGUGAUCAAGCCAUUUACCCGGCGCGGAGUUCUCUCCACUGUCAACAGUGUUUUCGAUCCCUUGGGUCUACUGGCACCAGUUACGAUCCAAGGAAGAGCCCUUCUCAGAGAACUUACCUCUGAGCUCUCUGACUGGGAUACUCCCCUACCAGAGGACAAGCUAGCAAAUACUUUUAAUGAAAGCUCUGUUCAAGAAUUUGUGGUUGGUGUAUACUUAAAUCCUCAAACAAAUUCUGUAGCAAUUCCAACAAAAUGCUUUAUUGCAGGAGAUGAUGACCCGAAUGUUUACAGAGUGGAAGUGUCCUGUGGACAUGCUGUGGAUCCCAUUUCACUCACGGAAUGGUGUCGGAUCCGUAUAAGUGAGGGUCAUUUCAAAUUCCACUGCCCUGCAUUAACAUAUGACACAAAUAGAACAUGUGGAAAGGAAUGGUCCUACGUGGAGGUGCGCAGAAAUGCAUUGCUCUCUGUUGAGGAAUGGCAGUUUUUUGAAGAAAAGCUUGCCAUUCUCUCCGCUUCAAGUUACUGUGAAUACAAACAGUGUCCUAGGUGUGGGAGUUAUGUGGAACGGAAAGAUGAGACGAACAUAUCAGUGAUUUGUUUAAUCUGCAUGGCCAACGAUGGAAUCCCUUUUAAAUUUUGCUGGCAAUGUAUGAAGGAGUGGAAAGGCCCAGGUCCAUGCUCUGAUAAAUGUGACAAUGAAGGAUGUAUUAAUAUCCAGCUGGAAAUCUUGAAGAAUUGUGACACAAAAACUUUACCUUACAGCAAUAUUCGAAAUUGUCCAAAAGUCCGUGCUUGUCCCACUUGUGGUUUGCUUAUAGAACAUCAAGAUAAGUGCAAAUAUCUCAUGUGCAUCAGAUGCCAUGUGGAAUUUUGCUUUGCCUGCCUUAACACAAAGGCAAUUUGCAGUGAAUCAUCUGAGUAUUCUCGUUAUUGUGCUAUACCUGUAGCCACAAGGCAAACAAGUAUUCCAGUGUGGAAUUGUACUGAAAAUUAG